AUGUCAGAGAUCUCGACGGCUCCUCCUACACCCACAUUUACGCCGGCCCUGGAGCCGCCGCCUGGCGUAAAAUCUAACCCCGACAAUCCGGCUUCCCUAGCCCGACUGGCCGACAUUACCAUAGGGAUAUGUAUCCCUUUCGUGACCAUAUUCUUCAUUCUGCGAUGCUAUGCCCGCAUCGUCAUUAAGCGCACGUGGAUCUUCGAGGACUUCAUAGUGACGAUCGCGUGGGCGGGUACCAUCGCCUACUGCGGCAUUAUGAGGACGACCAUGUCCCACCACGGCGGUCAGCACGGCUGGGAUAUCACGCCGGCCGAAUUCCACGAGGCUUCGUAUUGGUUCAACGUCGCGUCCAUCGAGUACGGCGUCAUGAUCGGCGUCACCAAGCUCGCGGUCCUCUGGCUGUACCGUCGCGUGUUCUCGCCCAUCCGGUGGAGCUUGUUCGACAUCGCUAUCGUCACGCUGAUCGUCCUGAUCAGCGGCUUCUACGGCAUCACCACCUUCGUCAAGAUCUUCGAGUGUAACCCGCGCGAGAGGAUCUGGGACAAGACGCUCCCCGGGACCUGCGUGCAGACGAACCUCAUCUUGAACAUUAGCGGAGGCUUCAACACCGUGACCGAUUUCCUCAUCCUGCUGCUUCCGAUCCACGCCGUCCGGCAGCUCCAGAUGGAUAAGUUCAAGCAGACGCUGGUCGUCUUGGCGUUUACCUUUGGUCUAUGCGCUCCGAUCUUCGCGGUAGUCGGGUUUGUCGUGCGGCUGAAGAACAGCGGCAACAAAGACACGUCCUGGCGACAGCCGGAGAUCCUCCUCUGGGGCGCGGCGGAGCUCGCCUCGGGGAACCUGUGCGUGUGCUUCCCGGAGCUCGCGUUCCUGUUCCGCAAGCGGAACCGCCUGCAGGCCAACACGCCGAAGCGCCCGACCGCGUCCCAGGUGCGGGGGUGGAACGAAUCGAAGGGCUCGUCGCACCCGCCCUCCGACCCGUACUUCACCAAGAGCCUGAUGGGCACGAUGUUCAGCACGAACGGAGACGGGCCGUAUAUCGAGCUGCAGGACCAGGGCCACGAUGUGAAUGUCACCCCGCUGAGAAAUGGAGCGCGCGGGGAGAAGCCGGAAGAAGGCGUUGUAAUAGUGAGAAACGAGGUUACGGUUGAGCGCCAAUAG